CAAACGUCAUGUCACUUAUUGUCGGUUAUUUAUUUCAAUUAUUUGUUUGAUUGAAAACUUUUAAAAAAUGGGAGAUAAUUCGGGCGAGAGGCUUUUAAAAGUGUUUGAUGAAUUGAACAUCGACUUGUUAAACUUAAACCGGAACGUCGUGAAAGCUUGGUUCGAUGCAGACAAUGAAAAUCAAAAGGAAUUGAUGAAUUGGAUGUGCACAUCUUUGUCUCAAAAAAAUUAUGUUUCGCCUUUAGAUUUAAGCAAUUUUUCUCUUUUAGACAAACAUAUUUCAAAAGAGGUGCUCGAAAACGAACUAUUAAAAAUCGAAGAUUUACAUCCUGGUAUUUUUGACGAAGAAAGCAAUGCUCUUGAAAUUGAAUAUUUGGAAGAAGAAUUAAAAUUAGUAUGUGAAAUCGAAAAGAGAUUGAAUCAAUCGAUGGAUUUUGAGAAAUCUGCUGAUAAACAAUUAAAGCAACAAUUGGCAAAGAAAUCUGAAGAAAAAAUUAAUACUUCUAUAAGACUGCAAGAAACUGAACAACAUUGCAUUCAGGCCUCUGAAAACUUGGAUAAACUUCACAGCCAAAUCUACGAUAAAUUAUGUAGCCCAGAUAUAUCGUUAUAUGCAACACAAAACCUUCCUUCAACCUAUAUUAGCAGCUUUCCCACAGAUAACAAUCUAAAUCAAUUUGAAAUAUUAAGAAAUUCUAUGGAACCAAUGUUAUACAAAGCAUCAACAUUUUGUACUAAUAAUUUUAACGAUACUCUAUCUACUUCAUUGUACGAUACACUACCUAAUUUACCAGAUGCUAGUACAGUAAAUGAAAUGUGUAUUAGUAAUUUGGAUACUAUGAAAAAUAGGUUGAUCAGCACAUAUUGCAGGUAUUUUGCAAAUAAAAUCGAGCUUAAAAAUGUAGGUGAUGUUCUCAAGAGUCUUGAUAAUUUUUCAUCCGAAACCUUACUUACAUUAGUUCAAGAUAAUUUGGUUCAGAAUAUAUCCAUGGAAACUCUAGUAAAUAACAGUCUUUGCAAUACAUUAGAAGAUACUAUAAAGAGGGUGAAAGUGGAUCAACAAUUUAAUCAAACUAAAAUUAAGUUUACAAAGGAAAAGUUUGCCUUGGUCGAGAUGGAAUGCCUCGAAUUCACGGAUAUUGAAAACAUUAUGCGAGAGAUAAAAUCAAAUUACGCUCUACUUGGAAUUAUGUACAACAUAGAAGAAAAAUACGUGAAAAAUUUUGAGACUGCUUUAAAACAAACUUUCGAAAUAGUCGAAAUUUUGAAUUCCUCUAUCAGUAGAACAAAUAGAAUGAAGGAUAUUAUUGAACGACACAAUAAUACAUUAUAUAAGGAUGGAUUCGAACUUAUGGAAACAAUAUUUAAAUCGCUUUCAAGAAACGAUGAAAAUUUCGACUUGAAUCGAGCUGUAGAGUUAUACUCGGAUUUUAAUAAAAAUAUUGAUUAUCUGGAAUCGAAACACUAUUGUCAUGAUUUAGAACAACUUACAAACACAGGAAAAAGAACACGGGAUUCUAUUAAAGAAUUACAGACAUUUUUAAUCAGCGGUCCAACAACUCGUAUUGUUUUGAUACCAACAGAACUUCAAUCAGUUGUUUCACAAUUAGAUAAUGUAUUGGAAGAGGCUUCUAAUGGCUUGAGGUCCACAUUGAAUAAAAUCUCUAAAAGGACAGCGAGAAUACAUAACGACAAAUGGGAAGUUUACAGAAGACAGUUGUGGAUGUACUUUUACUCGAAUCCAGAUGGUCUGAAAUUCAUUUUAGAAUGCCUUAAAAAUGAAUUCAAAAAUCGUAUGUCCAAAGAGUGAAGGUCUAAUGUAUUUUUUAUUUUAUUGUAAAUUUCUGCACUGAUUUUAGUUUUAUAUCACAUAUAUAUAUUUUUAAUGCAAAUGUUGUACUUGCCUUUGAUCCAUAUUAACAAUUGAGCAAUACACUUGCUUGUAUAGCUCAUUU